AUGUCUAUUUCUACGAGGCGAAGGUUCAAUAAUCAUAAUAGCAGUAUCCUUCUGCCUCUUCCACGAACUGUUGGAGGAUCACGACGCAGACGUGGCAGGCUCACUCCACGCAAUAGUCAUAAUGGCAGUAUCCUUCUGUCACCUCCACGAACUGUCAGAAGACCACGACGUAGACGUGGCAGGCCCACGCCACGAAUGGCAACUACACCACCUACACCACCUAUACCUCCCACACUCCCUCCUAUGGAAUAUACAGCAUAUUCUUAUUUUUUGUUGCAUGGUGGGCAUUUUAAUGAAUUUGAAGAUUGA